AUGACCGUGAAGGGGAAGCUGCCUUCUCCAUCAGCGACAGUUGACGUUUCUGCGCUCCCCACUGGCAAACUCUACUUACCCGAUCGAUGGCUCUUUGAAGAUGGCGACAGUGAUAUGCGGAAAGCAAGACAAUUCUCUCCCGAUUUUAGCUUCCUAAUUAGUCAUCCAUCUGGCGAACACAUUCUGUUCGAUCUUGGAAUGAGAAAAGAACUAGAGAACAAUCCGGACGUCAUCCGGGCUGACUAUCCUUACAUUUCACCAGUCGUACCAAAAGAUGCCACCGAUCUUCUUGAUGAAGGCCCGGUAAAAUCUUCUGAUAUCUCAACUGUUGUGUUUUCACACCUUCACUUUGACCACACCGGAGAUCCAGCCAAGUUUUCUCAUGCCACUUUUGUGACUGGCCCAGGAUCUUCUGCGGCAACCACUCCAGGAUAUCCUAGAGCAGCUAAAUCGCCAUUUUUAUCUGUCGUCAUUGAACACAAAAAGUAUCGAGAGCUUUCAUUUGAGACAGAUCCGUGGGUUCCGAUCGGACCCUUUGAGCGCGCAUACGAUUAUUUUUCCGAUGGUUCAUUCUACCUUCUUGACACACCUGGUCAUAUGCCUGGCCAUCUAGGUGCAUUGGCACACACAGAUACGGAUGAAUGGGUGUUCUUGGGUGGUGAUUGUUGCCAUCAUCGCGCAUUGCUAGUAGGAGCGCGACCAGUCAGUACCACUGUUGGUCCAAAUGGGACACCAAGCUUUCAUAAAGAUCCCCUAACGGCAAUCUCUACUAUUGCGAAAGUAAAUUUGUUACAGAGCCGGGGGGAUGUAAUGGCUGCAUUGGCUCACGAUGCUAUUUUGGAAGGACUGAUGCCUCUAUAUCCGGAGAAGCUCAAUGGAUGGAAAGGAGCGCAGUGGAAACAGGAUAUAGAUGACAUAGUUGAGCAGAUGUACUCCUAG